GAUUGAUAAAUAAGUAUUAGUCUUAAAUAAUCAUGGAAAAAUCAGAAAAUUCAAAUAGUAUCAACAUGGAUACAGGCUUAGACCUGGAAUUUGGGACACCUCUCAAAACCGGUAGGCUAUUCAUGAAGCUCCACACAAUGGGAGACGAAGAGGAAAUACAAGAGAUUCAACUAUCAUCAGUAUUUUCUGAGUAUGAAGAGUCUGAGGAAGACCAAACAGAAUCAAAUUUGGAAGCUCCAGAUUUAGGAAUCUGCUCAGAUGCUGGCAAGCAUAGGAAGAAAUCCUUCCCAAAAUUGCUUAAAUCUGCUCCUGCAAGGAAGGGUUCUUCUGGUAAUUUGAUUCCUCCAGCACCAUUAAAACCAAUAUUCAGCAGAAGGUAUCUUAGGGGUCACAGAGUUCAGACCACUGAAACAGAACAAAGUGAAGAUGAUCUAAGAUCGAUUAGAUCAAAAUAAGCAAGUACAGAUAGAGCAAUUAUCAACUUUUGGGAGCUUUAUUCUUCAGUUUUCCUGGAUGCUGAUCUACUCCAUUGCCUUAGCUGCUACAGGUCCUUUACUAAUUAAUCUUCCUGGUGACAAUAUGUUUGUUUUAAUGACUUGGAAGCUACAAAUCACCCUAAUCGUGUUCUUGCCAUUAGCAUACAUAGAGCUAAAGCACAAAAACUUAGUGGACUUGAAAUACCAGAGCAAGUAUGUUAAAAAGUUUUUCUACAUACUUCUAGCAAGCCUGAUGUACCUCAUCUGGUUUAUGGGGCUUCUGGAAGCAUGCAGAAACUCGAUCCUACUUCAUGCACUACUUAUGAACAAUUUAGGGAUCCUAGUUAUGAGGAAACACUCUGGAAUGCUAAUAAAUGUUGGUACUUUCAUAGGAAUAUCAGGUUUUAUCCUUCUCUUUUACUCCAGUGUUUCAGGUAGUUGCAUGAUGCAGAAGGACGGUGAAAUUUGUAGCUGGAAAGCCGAUCUUUUCAAUGCAUUAUCUUCUUUUGCAGGUUCAUUUUAUUUCAGAAUCAUCGAGAAGCUUGAAACGACAAUACCAAAGAUCACCUUGAGAACAAUUGUUUCAUUCUUUUCACUCAUAAUAGCAAUGUGCUACUGAUUUGGUGAGAUGAUGCUCGGCUACCACAAUAGCUUCUCACUGAAUGGAGCUACAGGACUUUUAGGAUGGUUGUUCUCAGUACCAUCACUAACAAUGGUGAUAUUUAUAAUCUCAAUAGCCGGGUGGAUCUUUGGCAAUUUUCAUCACAGGCACGUCACAAAUAUUUUAUUCAUGGAGCCGCUCCUAGGUCAAUAUUUCGGAACGUAUAUAAUCAAGAUCAAUGAAUUCCCUCCACUUCUGAGCAUCUUUGGAGGCCUUUCCACUCUCAUAGGGAUGUACAUGGUCCGUGAAUCCUACGAGAGGGAGCAUCCAACUCCCCAAAUAAGUCAGUCCUAUCUCCUGCAGAUGGAGCAAAGCGAAAAGGAGGUUAAGGAACUCACCCAAAUGAUGAGACAACCUAGUCUUUAACUUAUUAUCUGAAUAUAUUAUAAACCUUUUCAAAAA